GUCUCUCUCAAUCUCUGUGUAGCACACUUAAGCCUUUUUUCGUAUGGUAAUCCGUUCAUUCAAUAUACAGAAAUUCGAACGGGUCAUGACUUCAUCACUUUCUCCUCCUGCAAUUACUCCAAGCUACGAUUUCAAUUCUCCACAACUCCCUUUCAUCCUGCAUCGAUUGGAAUGUUGUAAGUCCAUGGAAGAGCUCAAACAAAUCCAUGCCUGCAUUAUCAAAGCCAGGCCUCUCCAAACGCAGCUCGUGUUGGACAAAUUUCUCUCCUGUGCUCUUUCAACUCUCGGAAGCCUUGACUAUGCCCAAUCUUUUUUCUCACAAAUCAGAAAUCCAAAUCUCUAUGCUUACAAUGCAGUAAUCCGAGGCUUUUCUCGUAGCAAGAACCCAAUGCAGUCACUGUUGUUUUAUGGGGAAAUGCUGGAGAAAGGAUUCUGUCCUGACAAUUUCACGAUCCCUUUUCUUCUCAAGGCAUGCGCAGAAUUGCGGACAUUGAGAGAAGGGGAGGGCAUUCAUUCUCAAUCGAUUAAGAAUGGGCUGGUAUGGGAUGUUUAUGUAAGGAACACUCUGAUGAGAAUGUACGCUGUUUGUGGGGUAACUGGCGCUGCUCAGAAAUUGUUCGAUGAAAGUUGUCAUCGAGAUUUGGUUUCAUGGACCACACUGAUUCAAGGUUAUGUGGAGAAUGGGUUUCCAGGGCAAGCAAUUCAGGUGUUCUUGGAAAUGAGUAUGACAAAAUUAAAAGCGGAUGGAAAGACGAUGGUGAUUGUACUUUCUGCUUGCUCUGAACUUGGAGAUUUGGAUUUAUGCAGGAAAAUACAUAGUUAUAUACAGGAUAAUAAGGUGUAUUUGGAUCUUUUUGUUGAGAAUGCUUUGGUGGAUAUGUACUUAAAAUGCGGGGAUAUUGACUCUGCUUGUAGGUUGUUUAAUUCUAUGCCCAAGAAGAAUGUUGUUUCUUGGAAUUCCAUGAUCCUGGGGCUGACACAACAAGGAGAAUUCAAGGAGGCCCUGUUGGUAUUCCGAAGCAUGCAAAGAGAUGGGGCUGAACCAGAUGAUGUUACAUUAGUAGGUGUGCUAAAUUCAUGCGCUAAUCUAGGGGUUCUCGAGUUGGGUAAGUGGGUUCAUGCGUAUGUAGAUAGGAAAGGGAUUAGAGCAGAUGGAUUUAUAGGAAAUGCGCUGGUGGAUAUGUAUGCAAAGUGUGGCAGCAUUGAUCAAGCGUUUGGAGUUUUCAAGAAUAUGCAACAUAGAGACGUUUAUUCUUACACAAGCAUGAUUGCUGGGCUGGCGAUGCAUGGGGAAGGAGAGAGAGCAUUGGAUCUCUUCUCUGAGAUGUCUAGGGUUGGUAUGAAACCAGAUGAAGUGACAUUUAUCGGCAUCCUUACAGCAUGUAGCCAUGUAGGGCUGGUGGAGGAGGGGCGCCAAUAUUUUGAGGAUAUGUCAAGAGUGUACAAGCUCAAGCCUCAGAUAGAGCAUUAUGGCUGCAUGGUUGAUCUUCUGGGUCGUGCUGGAUUCAUAAGUGAGGCUGAAGAAUUUAUUAGGAAAAUGCCAAUUGAGCCUGAUGCCUUUGUCUGGGGUGCUUUAUUGGGGGCCUGCAGGAUCCAUGGGAAGGUUGAGCUAGGAGAAAGAAUCAUGAAAAAGCUUGUAGAAAUAGAGCCAGAGAAAGAUGGCACUUUUGUACUCAUGUCGAACAUAUAUGCCUCUGCAAAUCGAUGGAGAGAUGCAGUGAAGGUGAGAAAGGCAAUGAAAGAGAGAAAGAUGAAGAAGAUCCCAGGCUGUAGUUUAAUAGAACUGAACGGAAUGGUCCAUGAGUUUCGGAAGGGGGACAAAUCACACCCAAAGACAAAAGAGAUAUACAAGAUGCUAGAUGAAAUAAUGAGUCGUUUAAGGCAGGAGGGGUAUGUGGCGCAUACCAUGAGUGCAUUACUAGAUGUGGCUGAGGAGGAGAAGGAGCAUGCACUGUGUCACCACAGCGAGAGGUUGGCAAUUGCUUUUGGCUUGAUCAGUACAAGCCCAGGGACACCACUGAGGAUAGUAAAGAAUCUUCGUGUGUGCAGUGAUUGUCAUUCUGUGACUAAGUUCAUUUCUAAAGUCUUUCGAAGAGAGAUAAUCGUGAGAGAUCGAAACCGUUUCCAUCAUUUUAGAGGAGGUUCAUGUUCGUGUAAAGAUUUUUGGUGAUCUCUUGCUAUCCUGAUUUUCAAUUAAAAAUGUAUUUCAAGCAAGAAAUGCAUAUGACUGUUACUAUA